GGGGACAUCGUGAAAAGUGUGCAGUCCCAUUUGAGCCAAAACAGCUGUACAGCCCCCAAAGUAACUGUAGUCAUGACCAUGGGCAAGAUCAUCUUCUACGAGGACAGGAACUUCCAGGGUCGUUCCUAUGAGACCAGCGGCGACUGUGCUGAGCUGACCUCCUACCUGAGCAGGUGCCACUCCUGCAGGGUGGAGAGCGGCUGCUUCAUGGUCUACGACCGCACCAACUACAUGGGAAACCAGUACUUUGUCAGGAGGGGAGAGUACUCCGACUACCAGCGUAUGGGCAUGAGUGAUUGCAUCAGGUCAUCCCGCAUGAUCCCCAUGCACAGAGGUCAGUUCAGGAUGAAGAUCUACGAGAGGGAGAACUUCGGUGGUCAGAGUCAUGAGCUGAUGGACGACUGUGACAACAUGAUGGAGCGUUACCGCAUGAACGACUGCCAGUCCUGCCACGUGAUGGACGGCCACUGGCUGAUGUACGAGCAGCCCCACUACAAAGGCAGGCAGAUGUACCUGAGGCCCGGAGAGUACAGGAGCUUCAGGGACAUGGGCAUGAGUGGCAUGAAGUGGAUGAGCAUGAGGCGUAUCAUGGACUCCUGUUAUUAGAGCAUGAGCGUUUAAAAGCAAGAUCUUUAAUAAAAAUCUAGUGAUUCUCUUUUAAA